AUGGUGAUGAUGAUGACGACGACGACGAUGCUGGAAACGACGCACCAGGAGGUUACUUGCUUGGGUGGAAUGCUUCGCACCAGACCAGGACCACCGCAAAACAUUCGUUGGUGGAAAAUCUCUCACUUCCUGUUCCACUCGAAAAAGAAAUGUCACGUUUGGAACUUACUGGUACAUUCUGGAUCAAAUAACAUGAAAGGUGCAUCAUCAUCCAAGCCAGGUGUGUCCAAGGGCGGUUCCGAAGACGCGACCGCAAAAAUGGUAAGGAUGUUUGCAAGGCAAUCUCUGAUGGAGUUGCCCUAUUUCGAUGGAUCAUUUAAAGUUUGGUCCAAAUUCGAGAACACGUUUAAGGAGACAACAAAAGAAGGCGAGUUUUCUAACUUAGAAAAUUUGACUCGUCUCCAGAAGCAUCUUAAGGGUGAUGCAUUAAAAAUUGUGGAACCUCUAUUGCUAGAUAGCAAAAAUGUUCCAAAGAUAAUGGCUACCUUAAAGGAAAACUUUGGUAACCAACAGAAAAUAUAUAAACUUUUCAGAAACGAAGUAAAGGAACUGAAGAAUCCUAGAAUGGAAGUUCCAAAAAGUGUCAUAGAGUUUGUAACGACGAUUGAUAAUCUCGUUACAAACAUAAAGAUAACGAACUCUUUAGGAUAUAUGCAAGAUCAAGCCCUGAUAGAUGAAAUCUUAGACAAAUUGCCAUUUAAUCUAAGACAAGACUGGGCUCGAAAGGAAAUUGAUCGUAAGGAUACUGCAUCAGAAGCACAUCCUUAUGAAAUUCCAACACUAGAGGAUCUUCUCCAAUGGUUGAGGCCUCAACAAAGAAUUGCACAGGAACUAACAGAGUCGAAAUUGAGAACUGAUAAACAAAUGAAACCUAAAGAUAAGGUUUAUACGCAUCAAAGUUUCGAUACUAACAAAAGAAAGGUAUCUUGUUUUGCCUGUAAUAAACAACACAAAACAACAGAAUGCCCUACGUUCUUGAAGUCAAAUGUAGAAGAAAGAAAAGCCAUACUCAUAAAGCAUAAAGCAUGCUUCAAUUGCUGCAAUUAUGCCAAUCAUCGAUUGAAAACGUGCCUUUUCAAGAAAAGGUGUGAGGUAAAGGGAUGUACAGGUAAACAUCAUACACUGAUACAUCAAAAUUCAGAGAACUCAAUCCUGGUCUCUGAGAAAAAAGAGAAGGGAGCCGAAAAAGUUCAUUAUCAUGAGGAGAAGGGAAAGGUUUUGUAUCAGAUUAUACCAGUAACAUUGAAAAAUAAUGAUAAACAGGUUGACGUACUAGCGUUUCUAGACCCAGGUUCGUCAACAACAUUAAUUUUAGAGGAAGUUGCCAGACAGCUUGGAAUAAGCGGAAAACAGAAACCGUUAACGUUGUCUUGGACAAAUGGCGAAGAGCAAGUAGACAAAGGUAGCGAGGAAAUAUCAGUUCGAAUUAAGGGCUACAAGGGGAAGACGUAUCUGUUAGAAAAGGUACGAACAUUAAAGGAAAUGUCUCUGCCUACGCAAUCCAUUCGGAAGAAGCAACUGGUAAAAAGUUAUCCUUACCUCUCAGAUGUUGAAUUUAGUGAUUACGGAAACGAGAAACCAAAACUUCUGAUAGGAUUACCGCAUUCUAAUAUCAUGCGUGCUAUCGAUACUCGUUCAGGAAGAUUUAAUGAGCCGAUAGCUCAGAAAACUAAAAUUGGAUGGGUAAUAUACGGGACACAAAUGGACGAUCGAAAACAAAAUAACUUUUUAAUGAUGAUUAAUAAUGACGAGACUUCCGAAGAAAAAUCCAUGAAGGAAAUGAUGCGUAGUUAUUUCUCGACUGAAGAAUUUGGCGUUAUGGUACCGAGUAAGCCUCUCAUGUCUAAGCAAGACGAAAGAGCUUUACAAAUUAUGAAAGACACGAUUAAUUAUACAAAUGGUCAAUAUGAAAUAGGACUAUUAUGGAAAGAAGAUAACGUGUCGCUCCCAGAUAGUUAUCAAGUUGCCUUAAGCAGACUAAAGGGACAAGAGAAAAGGAUGCGUGAAAAUCCUGAGUUGCGAAGGUGGUAUAAUGAUAAAAUAUUGGAGUAUGAAUCAAAGGCAUACGUAAGAAAAUUAAACCGAGAAGAGUUAAUGCAAGAUUCAAGACGAACAUUCUACAUACCGCAUUUUUCAGUUACAAAUCCAAAUAAAAUUCCUCGAAAACCGAGGCUAGUGUUUGACGCAGCCGCAAUUAUAAAAGGACAAUCCUUGAAUUCCAAACUACUUUCAGGGCCUGACGCAACUACGUCUUUAUUAAGUAUUUUAAUUAGAUUCAGGGAAGGGAAACUUGCGGUCACUGGUGAUAUUCAGGAAAUGUUUCACCAAGUUAAAAUUAAAAAGGACGAUCAAAACUCUCAACGUUUUCUGUAUAGAUUGGCAGAAGAAGAGGAUAUGUGUGUGUACGUCAUGCAAGUAAUGACUUUUGGUGCAACGUGCUCACCGUCGUGUGCACAAUACGUUAAAAACCAAAAUGCCAUUAAAUUCCAAAUCGAUUAUCCAAAGGCGGUAACUGCGAUAAUUGAAAACCACUAUGUGGAUGAUUAUCUCGACAGUUUCGAUUCAAUAGAUGAGGCUAAGGAAACUGUGGGAAAUGUAAUAAAGAUUCACGCACACGGACAUUUUAAUAUAAGGAAUUUUGUAACAAAUUCCAAAGAUUUGAAAAACUCAUUGUCUGAGGACAAAAUUAUGCAUAAGGAAGAAAUCGUGCUAGGCGAUGACGAGCAAUCUUAUGAAAAGGUUUUAGGUGUCUAUUGGAACGUCGUCGAUGACACCAUAAGAUAUCGAGUAAAGAUGUCAGACUUACCUGAAUGGCCUACUAAGAGACAAUUACUAUCCGCCAGCAUGAGCGUUUAUGACCCAUUAGGUUUGAUAUCUAAUGUAACAAUUAAAAGCCGAAUAUUGAUCCAAGACUUAUGGAAAUUAGGGAUCGGCUGGGACGAUAAAAUCCCCGAACCAAUAGAUGAUGAUUUCACUAACAAUAAUCCGGAAGUUGUGAAAUUGGCUGUAUCGCCUGAAGAUGUAGUUGAGCGAUAUACUAAAAAGGCCUUGUUUCGACAGGAUAUAGCUGCUGUGAAAAUCGAUCUCAACAUUCUGUUUACUGAAAAGUUUCUCAAUAUAGGCAAAAUAGAGAAAGCUGAACAUUGA